AUGUGGGUAACUUCCCUGAUCAAGGCUCCAGUAGGACGUCGCACGUACUUGCGUGUUACGAACAUCGGAGAGAAGUCGACCGUGCUAGAUGCACAUAGGAUGAUUGGAUGGUGGACGCCCAUCGACGCGGUACCUCGCGCGUUUAAGUUCGUACAACCUGGAUCGCGAAAGUAUGACGAGUGGCAAAACUUGGCGUACGGAGCAACUGCGGACGUAAAUGACGAAGCCAUAUUCCAGGAGACUAGCGGUCCAAUGACGGAACGGCGAGAGGAGGACACCAAGGGAGAGGUAGCGGCGAUAUCAACCGAUUCACGGGAAGAUAAUGCUGAGUUCACCGGUACGGUGAAGGCCCGGGACGCCCUCUCUCCGAAGCUCGAGCACGGAACGCGUCUGGGCGCGGAGCACGAGCACGGACCAGACAGUGAUGCGGAGCCUAAGCACGGACCGCAUCUCAAGAUGGGGUCGACGGAAGAGCCCGACCCUAGCUUCAAGGAGAUUCCAGAGUACGAGUACGCCGACGAGGAGGUGAUAUUCCAUGAAGGGUCAGACUUAUUCGCAGAAGACGUGGAAGCCGAAAUGGCAGUGUUGCCAGAGGUUCCGUUGACGGCAGAAAUCGUCUGGAAGAAGCGUAAAUGGUUGAUCGGGAAGGGCAACGCUUUGCCACCCGCAGCGAAGGGUGUCAUCUGCGACAUCGAUGUGGGAAACGCGAGGCCCGUCGCACAACGCGUCCGGAAGAUCUCGUCGCAGUUUCGCGAGAAACUAGCCGAUCUGAUCCGAGGACUUCUCAGCGCGCGUAUGAUCCGCGCGUCGAAGUCACCUUGGGCUUCCCCCAUCGUUGUCAUCGUGAAGAAGAAUGGCGUCGACAUCAGACUCUGUGUCGACUACAGGUUGGUCAACGGUUUGACCCAGUUGAUGGUGUACCCGAUGCCACUGGUCACGGACCUCUUGGAAGACUUGGAUAAGUACCGAUGGUACUGCUCCUUAGACAUGGCCAGCGGAUUUUGGGUAGUCCCGAUGACGGACCGAGCCCGUCUCAUCUCCGCGUUCAUCACAUCAUUCGGGCUGUUCGAGUGGCUGCGUAUGCCAUUCGGUUUGUGCAACGCGCCACAGAUACACCAGCGGUUGAUAGACAACGCGCUGUACGGUUUCUGGAAACUCUCGCCGACUGAAGAUACCCUCGACGUUCUCAAGGACAGGGUCCCGUCCGAGCCCGGAACACGGUCCGUGCUUGGCCGACGGUCCUAUAUUGACGAUAUUCUGAUCGGGGGAAAGUCUUGGGAUGAUUUGUGCGAGAAGGUGGAACGUCUCCUCGAGGUUUGCGAGGAGUGGCACCUGUCGAUCAGUGUCGAGAAAAGCGAAUGGGGAAUGCCAAGAGUGGAUUACUUGGGGCACGAGUUUGAAGCACUACCACCGCUUAUCCCCGACUUUGCGAUCUUUGCCACCGCGCUUUACUCCCUCUCCGCACGCGACUUCGAGGAACGCGCCACGAACCCAGAACCGCGUGACGUGGAAAAGUGGGAUCACGCUGAACGCGCGUUCGCAACACUUCGCAGCAAGAUCGCGGCUACCCCGAUGCUAAAACAUUCCGACGCGGAUAGACAACCAGUGGUGAUUGUGUACGCGAGUGAUUGGGCCGUGUCGGCCGUCCUCACUCAAGAGCAUGACGGAGUGUACAUGCCUGUCAAGUUCACUAGCCGGAUGUUGAAGCCCAACGAGCUGAACUACACCAUCACCGAGAAGGAGAUCCUAGCGUUGUCGCGUGUCUUGAGCGAGUCGCAAGGUCGUCUGUCGCAAUGGGCCGCCAUCCUCCCCCCCUGGCGAUUGGAAAUCCUCCGGUCGGCGAAAGGGGAAGAAGAGAUUCUGGGAGCGUUGGCUGCAAGCAUCACGCCUCGGGCCCAUGUAGAUUCCGCAUUGGAAGAUAUCGCGCCUCGAAAACGCCCGGCUAAGACGGCUGCGAUACCGGUCGGACCGACCGAGAGCCUCCACGUGAUCAGCUUCGACGGAUCAGCCCGCGUCAAACGCGAAGGUGGUGCAUUCAGCGCAGUGGUCUGGCAGCUGCUGAAUUGGGACGUGGUAAAAGCCGCGUCCGGAUACGCGGAAGGUCUAACGAAGCUGAAUACCGGGACAUGCUACUCGGACUCUCGCUCCUAG